AAUGACGAGAAUAUUUUCAAGUGGAUUUAAUGAUAUAUAAGUUGAAUGAUAAAAAUGUUUUAGAAAUUACUUUGUACUGCGUAUAUUAUUGUUAGUGGAGUUCUUAUAACCGACAAUAGAAAUGAAGCUCUUAGUGGUUUUGUCCUAUUUUAUAUGUGUAGCAUUUGCUUCCUUGUCACAGGAUAGUGAAAAAUGGUUGAAAUUUAAGAACCAACAUAACAAAGUGUACGAGACAGUAUAUGAAGAAAAGCUCCGCUUUGCAAUUUUUCAAGAAAACGUUCAAAUCAUAGAAGAACAGAAUCGUCUAUAUGAAGCAGGCGAGGCGACUUACCGAAUGGCAGUAAAUAAAUUUGCGGAUCUGAGCAGAGAAGAAUAUCUCAGCAUUUUGAAGCAUCAAAGCUCAUCGCGGCCUCAAUUGAAAGCAAAAAUUCAUCGGCCUUCGUUGGAGAAACCUGACCUUCCCAAUGCUACAGAUUGGAGGAAUGAAGGGGCAGUUACACGAGUGAAAGAUCAAGGUUCUUGUGGAUCUUGCUGGGCCUUUUCUGUGACUGGAACUCUAGAAAGUUUCUAUUACUUAAGACAUAAAGAAAAAGGAUUAGUGGAAUUUAGCGAGCAACAGCUUUUGGAUUGCGAUUUGGUUAAUGAUGCUUGCAAUGGAGGUGAAGAAGCGCCUGCUAUGGAAUACUUUGUCAACUAUGGGAUCGAAAGGGAAGAUGCCUAUCCAUACGUUGGCGCAAGAGGAACGUGCCAAUACAACGAAUCCGCUGUUUAUGCAAAGUUGGAAAAUUACAUCCAAAUAGAACCUGGUGAUGAGGAAACUUUACUAACUGUUGUUGGUUUUCUGGGACCCACCUCUGUGGCACUCGAAGCAUCUGGAUUGGCCUUUUAUUCACAAGGAAUAUAUACCAGUUCGCAAUGCUCUCAAACCACAACCAAUCACGCGGUUCUAGCCGUAGGAUACGAUGUGGAUGAAGAAACAGGAUUAGAUUAUUGGAUCAUCAAAAAUUCCUGGGGCGCCGACUGGGGGGAAGACGGUUAUUUCAGAAUUCGAAGAGGGGAGAACGAGUGUGCCAUUGCUAUGGACAGCGUUUAUCCAUCUUUCGGCAUUGAAUGAUUUUCUUAUAUCUGGAAACUACUUACUUUAUGGAUGAUGUAACUAAAUAAUAUGCAAGUCAGUACUAUGAA